AUGGCCUCCAAGCCGCUGUCCCGCUUCUGGGAGUGGGGUAGGAACAUCAUCUGCGUGGGGCGAAACUACGCCAAGCACGCCCAGGAGAUGGGGAGCGCGCUGCCCCGGGAGCCCCUCUUCUUCCUCAAGCCUUCCUCGGCCUAUGUGCGCGAAGGUUCGCCCAUCCUGCGGCCCUACUACUGCAGCAACCUGCACCACGAAGUGGAGCUGGGGGUGGUGAUCGGGAAGAGAGCCCAGGCCGUGUCCCAGGAGGCCGCCAUGGAGCACGUGGCGGGCUAUGCCCUCUGCUUGGACAUGACGGCCAGGGACACGCAGGAGGAGUGCAAAAAGAAGGGUCUGCCCUGGACCUUGGCCAAGGGCUUCAGUUCAUCAUGCCCGAUCAGUGACUUUGUGCCCAAGGAGAAGAUCCCAGACCCUCACAAGCUGAAGAUCUGGCUCAAGGUGAAUGGAAAGCUGAGGCAGGAGGGAGAGACCUCCUCGAUGAUCUUCUCCAUCCCUUAUCUGAUCAGCUACAUCAGCGAAAUAGUCACCCUGGAAGAAGGAGACUUGAUUCUGACGGGGUCUCCUGAAGGAGUUGGGUCUGUGGAGGCCAACGAUGAGAUAGAGGCUGGGAUAAGCGACAUCCUCUCCAUGCGGUUUAAGGUGGCGCAGCAGAUACGUAGAUCCUAACCGGGAACUGGGCUGGGACUAUCUGCGUAGGAAGAAUCACACAGAAUCACAGAAUAUUAGGGAUUGGAAGGGACCUCGAAAGAUCAUCUAGUCCAAUCCCCCUGGCGGAGCAGGAACAUCUAGAUGAGGUUAAGAUGAACAUCUGAUCAUCAAAGAGACACACAAGCUGUCCUGGUUGUUACACAUUUACAUGGGCCAAGCAUCUAAUGGACUGUCACGCGUCAAUGACAUGUAACCCAUGAGAUGAAAGGCAUUUGACUAAAACAGCCCCAUUUCCAUGGAGGCUCCGGCCUCCUCUGAAGCUGUGACCCUGGAGUCCAACGCAGCUGGGGGGUGGUUAAUACCCAAACUGUACCUGAGAACUGUUGGCGUCGGUGCACAGGGCAGCUCGGGGGGAGCAGGGCUGGCUGGCACCGUGUGCGCUCUGCUGUUCUGCUGGGGCUUUGAGAUUAGCCAGUGUAUUGCCUUAAAAAAAAACACAACAAAAACAUUAAAAUGGUGAUGCAGGAGCUAAAGCUCACCCAUGCCAUGUAAAAAUCAAAGAUGUAUGUGUAACAGUAAAUCCAGAAUUACCGCUUCAGAAACAAUGUCUCUCCUUGGGGUAUCCUACAAUGAAAAGUUGUUUGCUUUUUAGAUUAGUUUCACGAUUCCUCCGUGCAUUUUUCAAAUGCACAAAUUAAAUGAGGGUUGCUUUCCCUCCCACUCCAAGGGGCAUAAUGCAGCAGGAAGUGUGACAGAUGCCUGGCAGACUUUUUUUUUUCCCUAAACUGAGCUUUAAAUGUGCUUCUAAAAGUAAAAUAAUUCAAAAUACCUAGAAUAAAGAAGCUUAUUGGUAAAGAUCACCAGUAAA